ACCUCUGGAAACUAAGAAACGCAUUACUACGAACGCAAUUAAGACAAAAGCAAAUAACAUUAUCAUGUUGUUCUCAACCUUGUCGAAAAGUUUAAAAACGUUCCAAUAAAUCAUAACGUCUUUCUUGUUUGCUCUGCAUUUAAUUUUAUUUAAAAUUCCCAUAUUUUAUUUGUCACUGUUCGUUUUAACGUGCGAUAGUGAAGUGUGGAAAAAGUGCAUAUAUAGAGUCAUGUCCAAGCCGUUAGAAAAACUUAAGAGAAAUUUUUCUCUCUUCGAACUGCUCCAAAGACGAGUCCACAUACUCCAAUGGCUCCCUAAGUACUCAAAAUCGGACAUAGUGGCCGAUUUUAUCGCCGGAAUCUCAGUCGGACUCACCAUGAUGCCCCAAUCCAUAGCCUACGCUAAUUUGGCCGGUUUGCCUGCCCAAUACGGCCUCUACACUGCCUUCAUCGGCUCUUUCACUUAUGUUUUAUUCGGAACAAUUAAACAAGUUUCAAUCGGACCGACGAGUCUGAUGGCACUCUUAACAUUCUCGUAUACGGAAAGCUUAUCAGUCGACUAUGUGAUCCUUUUGUCUCUUUUAGUCGGGUGUGUCGAAUUUUUAAUGGGGCUCUUAAAAUUAGGUUUUCUAGUUGAUUUUAUUUCCCCUUGUGUUACUUCCGGCUUCACGUCGGCAAUGUCGGUCACCAUAGUCACCUCACAACUCAAAAACUUACUCGGAUUGAGGAAACUGAAAAAUCACGGCGUUUUCGACGUUUUCUAUAAAAUUGCAACCAGAAUUAACGAAAUCCGACUCGCUGAUACUCUCCUCGGAUUCUCCUGCAUCGCUUUCUUAUUCAUUUUCAAACAGUUGGCAAUUAUUAAAACGCGGAAUAAAGCAUUAAAAAAGACACUUUGGUUGCUCUCAAUUUCAAAAAAUGCCCUUAUCGUGUUGAUAACCUCGAUUUUGGGGUAUUAUUUCUACGAGUAUCGCGGGGGUUCCCCCUUUGUUUUAUCAGGGAAAGUACCGUCGGGCCUCCCAAAGGUCCAAAUCCCCCAUUUCAGUACCCAUAAUGGUAAUGAAACUAUUGGAAUUUUCGAAAUGGUCCAAACCCUGGGUUCUGGGAUUUUCGUCUUGCCGAUUGCCGGGGUUUUAGCCAAUGUUGCCAUCGCCAAAGCCUUCGUCAGUGGGACAAUCGUGGAUGCAACCCAGGAAAUGAUGACAUUGGGCCUCUGCAACAUUUUCGGGUCAUUUGUCCAGGCAAUGCCGAGUUGUGGCGCUUUCACCCGAUCGGCCGUGGCCAAUAGUAGCGGGGUACGCACCCCUUUGCAGGGGAUUUACUCAGGAACUGUAAUUCUACUAGCUUUGAGUUUUCUAACACCGUAUUUUUAUUACAUUCCAAGGUCGACUCUCGCCGCGAUUUUGAUAUCGGCGAUUAUCACAAUGUUUGAUUAUGAAAUUUUCCCCAAAUUAUGGAAAUGUAACAAGUUUGAUUUUUUCCUCACAUUGGCGACACUGAUUAUUGGAGUGUGUUACGGUGUGGAGAUUGGAAUUAUUGCGGGUGGUCUUUUAAAUCUAUUAAUUUUAUUAAAAGUGUGGGCGAGGCCCCAAAUUACGAAGGAAAUUCGUGUUGACAGCCAAGGAAACCAAUACAUUUAUAUAAAACCGGAAGUCGGCCUUUAUUACGCUGCAACUGAUUAUUUAACAACCAAUAUAAUUGAAGCUUAUAAUAAUAGACGUAAUUUACCUAUCGUCCUUGACUGUUCAAAUAUUAUAAGAGUCGACUACGCAGCUUGUCAGACAAUCGACAAUCUAGUCAAAACUUUCAACAAAACGAACAAAAAAGUUACUUUUAUGAAUGUCAAACCACAUGUGUUUAAUACCUGGAGCCAAACAAUCAACUUUGAUAAUUUAAAAGUGUGUCAUAAUGUUGACAACAUUAGUGACAGCGAUUCUAACAAAAUAAAUGACUGUCAGAUUCCACUAAUCGACAAGAGUACAAAAGAAAGGAAAAUGUCUUACUAUGAUAACGUUUGAUACACAUAUCGUGAUAUAAUAUUUAUUUUAUAAUUGUAAAUUAAAAGACUUAUGCCACAAUAAAACGUUUUUAUACAAAAAAAAAAAAAGAAUCUUCAACA